AUGGUAGAAAUAGCACCAGAAAACGAAAACUCUUUUUCUAGUCGCGUUUUUAUACAUGACUACCCAAACAAUUCAAGAAUUGAAGCGCGUUAUAUAUCAAAUGGUCGAUUAUACAUUUCAUAUUACAAUAUUAUUGCAGUGGGGAAUUAUCCUUCCAUACAAAGACUGACUAAAAAAUACCAAAAUAGUACUUUUCAAUAUCCGAUACCAAAUGAUUACAUUGUUGAAACAGAGUUGUUCGAAUGGAGUCUUAAGUGUGAAACCAAAUAUAUCACAGAUUCAAAAGUAUGCUAUACUAUAAAUUGGAAGGAAGGACGUGUAGAUUGGAAUAUUAGUAGCACAAAAUCCUCUACGGCAGUUACUAAUUUGUUUUUACAGAAAAUCAAUCAGAAUCGAUCAACUAAACUUUCUGGUCCUUGUUUAUUUGGUUUUGAUAUUGAACCAUUAUAUAAUUUUCGUUUACAAAUUGGUUUACAACCUGUAAUAAAGGACAAUAAUAGGCGUAAAAGGCCACUUGAAAAGAUUUCUUCACGAUCACAACAAAACAAAAGACUGAAUAGCUUCGGAAGAGAUGUGCAGAAAGCAAUUGAUGAACUAAUUAUCAAACAUAAAUUGACAAACUUAUCUGGAGAACCAAUUGUCCAUUUAUGUUAUAUUGAACUUGAUUAUAAAGAAGACCAGCAGGCUUAUAUUAAAUUCAAAAAUCCAAAUAAUUCUUCUGCAAUUCAAACAAGAGUUGAUGCUAUUGUACGUAUUUGUGAUGAAGCAGUCUUAGGUCGUGAUGGAUAUAGAAAUUUAGCUGCAGUUGUUCCAACUCUUUUUCGUGAAUAUUUGAUUGCUAAUCGUCAAAAUGAAAUGAACGAACUUAUGAAUAUGCAAAUUCAUAUAGGAAUUUUUAAUAUAGAUAACGAAAUUAAUAAUCAAUCUAAUAUUGAUAAUAAUAUUAAUAAUAAUGUUAAUGAUAUUUUAGUAGAUGAUCAUGAAAUAGAAAAUGGUGCAUUUCGUUCUAUUUUAGAUAUACUUAAAAUAUUAAUACCCAUUUGGAAAGCAGGACAAAAUCCUGUAAUAUUUCCAGGAGAUACUCUUUAUAUCAAAAUAGGUGGUGAUGGCAGAAAUGUGGGAAGACGUCAGAAUCAUGUAAUGAUCACAUUCUGUUUAUUAAACGAAAAAAAAGAGGUUUUAAAACCUGAUCAUCAAUAUUGUAUUUGCCUUUAUAUUGGUCAUGAAAAUUAUAAAGAUUUAGCAAAAGUUGACCAAUUAUUUCAAGAUCAAUUAUUUGAUUUGAAAAAUAGUGGAAUUAUCGAUCAGGAUGGUGUUAAUUGGCCAGUUGAGCUCUUUUUCUGUGGAGAUUGGAAAUUUAUGUACAUAAUUAUGGGUACAAAUGCGCAAAACUCAAAGUAUUUUUAUUUGUAUUGCAAUUGUAAAGCAUCAUUGCGAUGGGAUAUGAAUAAAAUAUGGAAUAAUACAGAAAAUACAAGAUGUGAAAGGAAAUCUCCUUUAUUUCCUGCAAUUAAUCAGAAAAAUUAUAUACCAGAUGAAUUACAUCUUUUUUUAAGAAUUUCAGAUGUCUUAAUGGAGUGCUUAUUUGCUGAUCUAAUUAAAAAAAAGGAAUUUCAAAAGCAAAUUAAGCCAGCAGUUGAAUUAGCAUUUAAAAAUAUUAAAGUUCAUUUUAAAUUUUUUCAAUCUGGAAAAAAUUGGAAUUGGACUUCUCUAAUGGGACCAGAUAAAAAAAAAACGUUAAAAGAGUUUUCAGUAUCACAAUUUAUUCCAGAUAUUCGUGGAGAAGAUAUAGAAAAAUUAUGGCGAGAGUUUUAUCGAUUAUAUACAAUUUUACACAAAGAAUAUCUUUCAGAUCAAGAAAUUGAUCAAUUUGAAAUCGAUACUCAAAAUUGGAUCUGCACGUUUUAUCGUCCAACUCAAGGUCACAUGAAUAGUGGUACACAAAUUCCUGAUUUAUAUCGAAAAGAUGAUGUUACUCCAUAUAUGCAUGUUUUUGCAAAACAUGUACCCCAAUUUAUGCGUCAAUUAAAAGAAAUUGGCCUUUCUUUACAAACUUUUUCUACUUCAAGUAUAGAAAAAAAAAAUCACAAUCAUGUCUGUUUAUUUUUUGGAGGUACUACUAUGGGUGGGGGAACUGAUGGAAAAUCAGUAGUAUACAAUAUAAUGUCUUUUGAAAAUCACCAAUUAUUUUACCUAAUUAACAAUACUCCUAAAAAGAUUAUCGCUAGAAACAUUGAUGUCAAUAAUAAGGAAAGCUAAUUAAUAAUUAUAUUUUAUUAU